AUGACAGAAGUGAAAGGAACUCCCAUCAUUAAAGGUUCACGAACAAUGCAAAUAACUGGCUUAUAUAAAGGAAGGGCAAUUAUUAUAAAAGACUCUUACAGUGUUAUAAAUAAGAAGCUUAAACUAUUUCCUGCUAUGUUUAACUUACAAACAGGACCGAAAGAAGUAUUUCCAUACAACUACUACAGCAGUGUUUUGUUAGCAAAUGACAACAGAACUGGUGUCAUUUCUGAAGCAUGUAAGUUUAUCCGGGAUGCAGAUACAUUCAUGAAAAACAUAGAUUCCAUCAAAGGUUGCAGAAUAGAUGAGAACCACUUCGACUUAGAAAAGUAUAGCACAUUUUAUUGCAAACAAGAUGUAAGAAUUUUAAGAGAAGGUUUUGUUAAGUUCCGCAAUGACAUAUUGAAAGAAUUUGAUUUAAACGUUUAUGACUACGUUAGUAUUUGUUCAAUUGCUAACAAAUUGUUUGAGAACAGAGUGUACUUCCCGAAUGGAAAUUUAUAUGACCUCUCAAAUAAACCAAGAGAAUUUAUUUCACGCUGUAUUCAAGGUGGAAGAUGUAUGCUGUCAGAUAACAUUAAACAAAAGAGCGAAAAGAAACUCAUUGCUGACUUCGACGCUGUUUCAUUAUAUCCAUCAGCUAUAGCAAGACUUUAUACUUUAGAAGGUAUUCCAAAGGUUAUGAAGAAAGAAAUGUUAAGCACAGAGUAUCUCAUGAGACAUUUAUUCGAUGACGACCAAAAGGAACCCAUUGGUGAAAAGUUUAUGUCUGGCUUCUUUGUUCUCAUUAAGAUAACAGAGAUUGGAAUACAUAGACACUUUCCUUUAAUAGUUUGUGACCCUGAACUAAAUCCAGAACUUAACGUUCCCAGAAGUUCAAACACUUGCUGUUUAAUGUAUGUUGACCAUAUAACAUUACAAGACCUCAUAAAAUAUCAAGGUGUCAAAUGUGAAGUGUUGCAAGGAUACUAUUACGAUGGAAACAGAGAUAUUAGAAUAAGAGAUGAAGUAAAGAAGUUGUUUGAGUUAAGGUUAAAGUAUAAGAAAGAAGGAAAUCCUUUGCAAGAAAAUAUAAAGCUCAUUCUGAACAGUAUUUAUGGCAAAACUAUUCUAUCUCCUAUUGAGUCAAAAAUAACCAUAGUAAAUGACAAAGAUGCUAUAAGAUAUGCCAUCAGAAACUACAACCAUAUAGUGAAGUUCGAAGGUUUGGAUGGUUCAGAUAAAACUAUUUUCAAGCUAACGAAAAGCAUUUGCAGACACUUUAACUUCUGUCCACUUGGUGUUAACAUUCUGUCUAUGUCGAAGAGAAUAAUGUGUGAAGUAUUCUGUACUGCUGAGGACUUAGGAAUGGACAUCUUUUAUAGCGAUACGGACAGUAUGCAUCUCUACAAUGAAGAUAUCCCUCGUUUAGCUGAAGAGUUUGAGAAACGUUAUGGAAGAGUUCUCAUUGGUAAAAACCUUGGUCAAUUUCAUAGCGACUUUGCAGAAAUCACACCUGGAAAACAAAGUUUAGCAUACAAGUCAAUAUUUUGUGGAAAGAAGACUUACAUAGACUUACUCACGAAUGAUUUAAAUGAAGUUGCAUUUCACUGCAGAAUGAAAGGCGUGAAGCAAGAUGUUAUUGCUUUAACCGCUAAUGAAAUGUUUCCUGACUCUGUUCAGUGUUUCUAUGAUGAAGAUAAAGGUUUAAUGGUUCCGCAAGGAACAUAUGACAAAGACUCUGAGUUCAGUUUAAUGAAACUUUACAAAGCACUUUAUGACGGUCAAGAGAUUGGAUUUGACUUAUGUAAGUCAUGUCAACCUUGCUUUGAAGAGAAGUUUAACUUCUCAAUAACGACUAAAACAAGCUUUAUUCGUAAGUUGAAGUUCUGA